AUGAGUUCUUCUCCUAGGAUCCUUGUUGCAUACUAUUCUGAAACAGGAACAACUAAAGCGGUUGCUGAUAUUAUUCAUGAUAUUGUUGGCGGUGAUAUUUUUGAAAUUAAAUCAACCAAUAAUUAUCCAUCAACAUAUCAUGAACUGACUCAAGUAGCACAAAGAGAACAGGCCCAAAAUGCUCGUCCUGGACUUUUGAAUGAACUUGCUCAUCCAAAUGAUUAUGAUGUCAUAAUCUUGGGAAAUCCUUGCUGGUGGGGAACAUUUCCAAUGGUAACAUUCACAUUUUUAGAGAAGUAUGGAUUUGAAAACAAAACAAUUUUGCCAUUUGACACACAUGGUGGCAGUGGAAUUGGAAGAAUGGUUUCAGAUGCGAAGAAACUUUGUCCAAAAGCAACAGUGACAGAUGGAUUAGCAAUAGGAAGCAGUAGAAGCAGAAGUUGCCGUUCAGAUGUUGAAAAAUGGCUGAAGAAACACAAAAUCAUUUAA